CUAAGGGAUGCAUGUUUCGCGCAAUGUAUAAUAACGGACGUACGGAUACGCGCAAGGAACUUGUGAAUGAAAAAUGUGAAUCCAUGUUGUUCAGGAAUCCAAUGAUAGAAGGUGUAAAAUGGGUUGAGCGAUAUGCUUUGACAGUGGAUAAGUUUUGGAUAAAGUUACCAGAAUACAUGCGGAAUACAUUUGUCACCUUUGCUUUGGUUCUUAUGGCGUCAACAAUCAAAGGUGACUGGAUAGCGAUUGUCGUGCAUAUGGUCAAACACUUCAACGGCACUAGCGAUUCCGGUAGCAGUCCACGGUUGACUGACACAAUAGCAACAGCGAACAGAACUGAGAAGGCGGAGUGGGAUUUUCUUCUCGAAUACUUGAAUUUGCAAGGUCUGCCGCACUAUGUGAUUUGGGCAGUCAUUGGUUCGUUCCUAAUCUAUUUCAGUGCCGGUGGGUUCAUUCACUGGUACUACUAUAUCAACAAGCGAGAUAAACCUCAUGAAUGGAAAUGCCAGCCUGAAAAGUUUAUGGCGCCCGAGCUAGAACUGCAUGAGGUAUUUGUUGGUUCAUUUUCCUUGCUCAUCAUGAGUUGUUUGAGUGGCAUUCUUUCUUGUUAUGCUAUGAAUAAUGGUAGACUUCUCACUUUGUACUACCGCUGGGAUGAAUAUGGUUGGUGGUGGUUUUUUGCACAAAUUAUUGUUAUUUUUUUGUAUCAGGACUAUUUAACCUACUGGUUACACCGAAUAUAUCACUGGCCAUGGCUGUACAAGAAUUUUCAUAAGUUGCAUCACACCUACAAACAGCCGACUGCAUUUUCAGUAACAGCGAUUCAUCCGAUCGAAAUUUUGCAUGUUCAACUCACUAUGCUGUUACCAAUAUUCACAAUUCCAACGCAUUGGGCUGCGUUUUAUUUUGUGGAAAUUUACACAUAUGUCCAUGGAAUUUUAAAUCACAGUGGGGUAUCAAUCAAGUCAUUUUGGUGGCAACCAUGGCAACCGGAUACGAUGUUUCACGAUAAUCAUCACCAGUAUUUCCAUGUAAAUUUCGGUUUUAAUAUUUAUCUCUGGGACGUGCUGCAUGGAACCUACCGACGAAAAGAUCGUGUUUAUUCGGAGGAUAUUUUCUUUGGAAAAGGAAAGAGUUUCGAUCAAGUUUCCAAAGAACAGUUAUUAGUGGAUUUAGCUGAGCGUAAGACGGAAAAUCCAAAGGCAUAUCGUGAAAAUGUCAAUGAAUAUGAAGUUAGCGACUUGGAAAUUACAAAAUUGGUCAAGAAUCCAAAAAAUAGAUAAAUAAAACAAUUUAAUUGUAAUAAAUUAAGACUUGCUCCUAGCCUUUUAUAUAGAUAUGAAUUGUAA